AGAAACCACAUUCCCAUUUCCAGUGUCUCUCUAUAAGUACCAGCUUCAAACACUUCCCCAAACCAUCACUCACUCAUUCAUAAAAGAGAGAUAGAGAUACACAGAGAGAGAGAGAGAGACAAUGGCUGCCGUAGCACAAAACUCGUUCGUGAAAGCCCUAGCAGAGUCUUCCACUCUCAAAUCCAUUCCAUCCCACUUCACUUUCGCCACCGAUUCCAAAGGCUCCCAAUCCGAUUCGCUCCCCAUCAUCGAUUUCUCCCUCCUCAACUCCUCCGAUCGCCACCAACGCUCCCAAACCCUCCGCCACCUUGACGAUGCCUGCCGGGAAUGGGGUUUCUUCAUCUUGGUGAACCACGGGAUCCCGGAAACUCUCCUCAAGGCGAUAAUCGAGGCGAGCGUGGAGUUCUUCGAGCUGCCGGAGGAGGAGAAGCGACGCUACGAGGCCAAGAGCGCGUCGGACCCCAUCAAGUCCGGAAGCGGCAGCCUCAUCAACACCGCCGACCAAAGGGUUCAUCUCUGGAGGGAUUUCGUAAAGUCGUAUGUCCAUCCCGACUUCAACUGCCCUCGCCGUCCUCACUCUCUCAGGGAACAAUUGAGCGAGUACUCGGACCAAACCCGAGUGGUGUUCAGAAAACUGAUGCACGCGAUCGGGGAAAACCUAGGGCUCGAGGAAGGCUUCGUGGAUGAAGCUUUAAAGCUGGACUCGUGUUUUCAGCUGUACGCCGCCAACUACUACCCGCCGUGCCCGGAGCCCGAUCAGGCCAUCGGCAUUCCGGCGCAUACGGAUCACGGCCUUCUCACUUUUCUCAUACACAACGGAGUCGCAGGCCUUCAGAUCCAACACAAUGGCGAGUGGUUUGAUACCAUUUCGCCUCAAAAUGCAAUCCUCGUUAACAACGCUGACCAUCUUGAGAUAUUGAGCAAUGGGAGAUACAAGAGCGUGAGGCACAGAGCGGUGGUGAAUACCGAGGCGACGAGGAUCUCCGUCGUCAUGGCCAACGGCGCAGCGCCGGACGCCGUGGUUGCGCCGGCGCCGCAGCUGGUUGAACAAGACGGCCGCCCAUUUUAUCACCCCAUGAAAUUUAUAGACUAUGUGGAGACCAUGCUGAGCAAUCGACUCCUGGGAAAGAGCAACUUAGACUGCAUCAAGAUUCAAGAUGAAUAAAUUGUUUAAUCAUAUGUAAUUACUUACUCAAAAUACUAUUCCUACUUAUUUUGUCUACGACGUAAAAAUAAGUUUGCCUAGAUGAAUAAAUUGUUUAAUCAUAUGUAAUUACUUACUCAAAAUACUAUUCCUACUUAUUUUGUCUACGACGUAAAAAUAAGUUUGCC